CGCGUCGCCAGUUUCGAAUGCUGGACGAGCGCAACGGUCGCCAGCGGCGCCAUGGCUUGGAGCGCCCGUGGCACCCGCGCCAGGUCAUCGUCGUAAGCAUAUUUGGCCUCUCGGUCGUGUGCGCCGGCCUCUCGACGGCGCUACUGGUGCCCGAGGCCCAUGACCUCUGCGACCUCGUCGUCCUCGCCAGCGUCGCAAUGGCAAUUGCAGUGCUCUUUGGCGUCAUGGUCGCCUUGUUCAUCGCAGUGUCCACAGCCGAUACGCUCGCUACCAAGUACCCGCGAAGCUUGCACCCGGGCGAGAAGAUCGCGCGCUGCCGGUCCUGCAAUCUCACGGUCAACUCGCGCACCAAGCACUGUCUCUGUUGCGCCAAGUGCGUCGAGGGGUUCGACCACCACUGUGACUACCUCAAUACGUGCAUUGGCACGGCGAACGUCCGGCAAUUCCGCCUCCUCAUUGCUGCGAGCAUCGCGUACCUCCUUGUCCAGACAGCGCUCGCCAUCGCUACGCUUCUCGUGAGCUCGGCUUCAUCCGGAGCGAAAGCGCUCGUGGCGCUGCUUGCAGCCUUGCCAGCCAUGGGCCUCAUGGGUCUCUUUGUCCUCGCGGCCUUUCAGGCGUACAUCUAUCGUACAGGGAUGACGACGUUCGAGUUUGCGGUGCACAUGAGCCGCGCCAAGCGCAAGAAGCACGUCGUUCAGCAGCACCCAGCGACAAAGAAGCCCUUGCCUCCUUCGGUGCACCUCGUCAUGCUAUCGUCCACCGCCUCGGGGCCGCCGCCACCGCUUCUGCUGCAGUUCGUCUAGACACUUGAUCUACUAAAGCUAGUGUCGUAUGGAGGAGGCUCUUAAAUAUAUAUACACGAGGGCGACUACGCUCCGCAGGCCGGUACUGCAUCGUACCGGCACACGAGGCCAUUG